GACGGGUACCCAACCCACUCGUUCUUCAACACUAUUGAUGUAAAGAGAAUCAGAUUUCUGAUUUAUCUUUGAACAAGGAUAGGGACUCCUUUCUUUUUUCUUUCUUUUUCCUUUCGGCGUCACACUCGGACACCUCUUGCCGCGGAUUGUGGGAGAGUUUUUGGAAAGACGGCGCCGUGGAAGCGGUAUGAAGUAUGCCUGCGGAGCACCGCAACGGCGCAACGGGCCAGAACUUGGCAACAGGAUAAACGGCCUUCACUCCGAUCGAGAGGAACAGCAGUACCCGCUGCCUGUCAAUGUCAUAGCUGCGCCGGCCCGGCCGGCUAGCUCCGAAAGAGGAAUGGGAAGAACUGUGGAGAUUGGGACGAGCAAAGAAGAGAGAGAGCGAGCACGGAGGACCAGGCCUGGAAACGGUCGACCUUUGAUUGUAUCCGCUGCCCGUCCAGAAGCAGAAAUAAAGGCCCUUUCACACCUUGGACGGAGGCGAAACGCGGAAACCUUUCUGGAUUCAAUCUGGUCUCGCGAGGCUACUAAACUAACCGAACGCCGGUUCGGGGAUCGCCUCAACUACCGAACUUUGCCGAGGGCAUUCUGGGAAACGCAGGGAGAGCUUUACUUUGACUACAUGCACCUCGAGUCCGCGACAGCCGUCUCAUCUUCAAGAAGACUGUUCUUAUUCGUACGGAAAAAGAAACUACACCAGAGAGGAGAGGGAGCCGGGCUACGGUAUUGCGGGCGGGAGGAUUUCCAAUUGGGUCUCGAAGAGGAGGAGGGAGGUAAACCCACCAGAAACUGGCAGGGCCCCUUGGCAUGCCAUGAGGCCGGUGGGCUCUUGCCAAUGCGUUCCCUCGACGCCCUCGAAGCAAGUCGUCACUUGUCAAUGUCACGGUCUAGUGAAAAGGCACGUGGCCCGCGUUCUAUGUGGUAGAGUUGCAAUGAGUUUGCUGAUUCAUGUUUUUUCUCCGGUCCCCGGCAGGCAGGAUUACGAUCUCGACCGGGCCACGCGUGCGUUGGUAAAAGCCGGGAAUUAUCUU